AAAAAACACAGUAUAAAAGAUAUUGGCUCCUCCAACCAGAAACCAACCCACCAAUAUUCUCUCUCUCUCUCUCUCUCUAACACUACUUUCUCUCUCUAAAAAUGCGCUCCACCGUCACUGCUCCUCCUCCUCUCGCCCUCCUGCUCCUCUUCUUCGUUUUGUACAUUUCUACAUUUUUCAAUGUGGGAGUAGCUGCUGGCGGAGAUUCGACGGCGGCUGGAGAAAAUCCGUUCACGCCCAAGGGUUAUCUAAUACGUUACUGGAAGAAGCAGAUCUCGAAUGAUUUGCCCAAGCCGGAGUUUUUGCUGAGCAAAGCGUCGCCGCUCAACGCCGCCCAAUUCGCUGCCUUCUCGAAGCUCGCCGCCGAUCAGAACUCGCUAUCGACGCAGCUGCCUGAGUUCUGCGCCAAGGCCGAUCUUCUCUGCUUCCCUGAUUUAACGCCGAGUCUCGAGAAGCACAGCAGCGAUGUUAACUUCGCGACUUACCGCAACAAAAACUUCACCAACUACGGCACCGGCCGGCCGGGCGGAGUGGAUGCUUUCAGCGGCUACUCCGAAGGGGAGAAUCUCCCCAUCGACUCGUUCCGCCGCUACAGCCGCGACGGCGUCGGCCACAACGAGAAGUUCACCGGAUACGCGACGGAAGCCAAUGUGGCGGACCAGAGCUUCAACAGCUACGGCACCGCCGCCACCGGCGGCGGAGGAGAGUUCACCAAGUACAACAGCGAGGUGAAUGUCCCCAACCUCCGCUUCACGGCGUACUCCGACAGCACCACCGGCCACUCACAAUCGUUCACCGAGUACACGAAUCAGGCCAACGCCGGCGACGAGAAGUUCACGAGCUACGGCAAGAAAAGCGUCGGCGCCACCAACGAAUUCGCCGGCUACGGCAAGGACUCCAACGUAAUGGGGUCGACUUUCAAUAAUUACGGCGAGAAAGGGGACGCCGCAAACGACACAUUCACCUCGUACGGCACCAACACAAACAACCCCCAAAAUAAUUUCAGGAAUUACGGCACGCUCGGCAGUUCAGCGACGGAGAGUUUCAAGGGUUACAGAGAACAAGCCAAUGUUGGUGACGACAACUUCGAUUCCUACGGCAAGAAUUCCAACGCCGGGAAGAUCGAUUUCGUCAACUACGGCAAAUCGUUCAAUGAGGGCACUGAUAAAUUCACCGGCUACGGCAAAAAAGACGAUUCCACAAACAAUAGCCCAACCGUCGACUUCAAGAUUUACGGCGUCAACAACACCUUCAAGGAGUACGCAAAGGAGGGCGCCGCCACAUUUUCCACCUACGAGAACAAAACCUCCUCAGCCGAGGAAGAAGCUUCUCUCGCCGCCGUCAAUGGCAGAAAGGUAAAUAAGUGGGUGGUGGAGCCCGGGAAGUUCUUCAGGGAGGCGAUGCUGAAAACCGGCACCGUCAUGCCAAUGCCCGACAUCCGCGACAAAAUGCCGAAAAGGUCGUUUCUGCCCCGGACCAUCGUCUCCAAACUACCCUUCUCAACCUCCAAACUCGCCGAGAUGAAGAAGAUCUUCCACGCCGGCGACGACGCCGACUCGACCAUGGCGAAGAUGCUGACCGACGCGCUCCACGAGUGCGAGCGUGCGCCAAGCCCCGGCGAGACGAAGCGGUGCGUGGCCUCGAUCGAGGACAUGAUCGACUUCGCCACGACGGUGCUGGGGCGGAACGUGGUCGUCCGUACGACGGCGAACACGGCGGGGCACGGCGGCGAUAUACUGCUAGGGGAAGUCAAAGGGGUCAACGGAGGGAAAGUGACGAGGUCAGUUUCCUGCCACCAGAGCCUGUACCCGUACUUGCUGUACUACUGCCAUUCGGUACCGAAAGUCCGGGUCUACGAAGCGGAUAUACUUGACCCGAAUACGAAAACCAAGAUCAACCACGGUGUUGCCAUCUGUCACCUUGACACGUCAUCAUGGAGCCCGGGUCAUGGGUCGUUCGUCUUGCUGGGUUCGGGACCCGGUAAGAUUGAGGUGUGCCACUGGAUCUUCGAGAAUGAUAUGACUUGGGCUGUGGCCGAUUGAAUCAAAACGGUGUCGUUUUGAACGGGAAACCCCGUUUUUUUUUUUUGUGUCGGACCAGUUGCGUUACAGAAAGGGUGAACCACUGGUUUUGACCUUAUUUUAUAAUUAAAUUAAAAACUCAAUUUUUAUGUUAAGUUAAUUAUUAUUAUUUUUAUUUUCCCCCGCCCCGCCCUCUAAGAAUGUAGUAAUUGCUAAUCGCACCUUCCUUGUGUCGAAAUGGCUUCGUAUCAGUGGCUUUAGUUGUAAAAUACAACCAACGAUUUAUUAUUAUUGAAUUCUUGAUAGUAACAA